AUGGCGGCGUCCAGCGAUGAUGUUGGCACUGUUAUUGGCCAGCUGUUGGAAAACGAAACAGCUGUUUUUCUUGAUGUUACUGAACUUCUUUUGAAAUUUGGAAGCAAUCCUGAAUAUUUAGUACUAAACAAAGAUGUACCAUUGGACAACUUACAACGGCUCCAUUCAGAAUUAGAAACAAGCAGAAACAAAAAACUUGGAAAAGACACAGCAAUCUCACAGAUGCCUACUUCUCCAUCCGUUGUUGCCCCUACUGCCUCUUCAUCUGUUGCUGGGGCAACUGGAAUGACUACAUCCUCCCAAAAUUUUCAGGUGACAGAGCCUGAAUUUUUCCAGAAACUUAGAAAUAAUUUUGACCAUGUACUGAUCUAUGAAGACAGGUCACUGCAAGAGAAGGCCAGGUCACUGAUACCCCUGUCAGAACUCAGUAAAAUAGCUGGAGAAAAAUUCAAAAAUCUCCAGGAAAGUAUGAAAGACAUUCCAGGUGAGAAAGCACUAGAUAUGAGAGAUUGUCUACUUAUUGAAAUGAUCAACUGGUUCAAAACUAGCUUCUUUUCUUGGAUGAACUCUCCGAAAUGUGACCGUUGUGGCGGGGAAACAAAACAUACCGGUAUGGCAACACCAUCGGCAGAUGAUCUGAAAUGGGGUGCAAGCAGAGUGGAGGAAUAUGAAUGUAAUAAUUGUCAUCAGUUUGUUCAGUUUCCAAGAUAUAACCAUCCAGGUAAAUUACUUGAAACAAGGACUGGAAGAUGUGGUGAAUGGGCAAACUGUUUUACUCUGUGUUGUAGAGCUAUAGGAUUCGAGGCUAGAUAUGUAAUGGACUGGACAGACCAUGUGUGGACAGAAGUGUUUUCAAAUUCCCAACAAAGAUGGUUACACUGUGACACAUGCGAGAAUGGAUGCGAUAAACCACUAUUGUAUGAAGUAGGAUGGGGAAAGAAACUAUCUUACAUCAUUGCUUUCUCUAAAGAUGAAAGACAAGAAGGACAGCCAGCUGACAGAAAAAGAAUUUUAGAACUGCGCUCAGUGGCUGAAGUAGUAGAGUUUUUGAAACCCAAGGAAGUAAAAGAAGAAGAAAUGGGAGGGAGGACAUCUGGAUCGUUGGCAUGGCGACUGAGCAGAGGAGAGACAACAAGGUCACAGAAGCAGCAUGAGCCAUUCAUAUUCAAAUUAACGCCUGCUGAAAUAAAAAAUAAGAACUUGCGGGUUACGUACUGCUGUAGCACAGACAAAUACCUGAGAAUAUCUGACAAUAACAGUGAGCAAAGUGGAUGGAACAGCCAAGUAUUUGAAUAUGCAAAUAUAGCUAGAAAAGAAGAACAUGAUUGGAAGAUGGUCUACUUGGCAAGGACACCAGAUUGCAAUAAUGCUAGAAUAAGCUGGAAAUUUGACUUCUCUUGUUCUAGUCUAGUAGUUGACAAGAUAACAAUUCUCACUCGCAGUAAAACAUAUGAAAAUGGUGUAGUGUCUUGGAAACUCUUGCAGUCCUGA